CCGGGGAUUGCGUCUUCCACGCACACAUCCUGCCUGGGGUUUAAGGAAGAAAUAAAUAGUCCUCCUCGGUUUUACCUAUGAAAUCCCACUCUCAGCCAUUUCGACUCGGAUGUUUUAUCAUUUUAAUGGACGUAUGAGGUGAACUGAAAGGUGAACCACGAAGGGUUGUUUUUUUCUGUGGAUGGACGGAAAGCCAAUGCGCAGGGGUACCAGUGCACGCCCAGAUAACACCGGAAUGGACAUCACCAGUCGCUGCACCCUUGGUGAUCCCAACAAACUCCCUGAGGGUGUCCCCCAGCCUGCGCGGAUGCCCUAUGUGUCGGACAAGCACCCCCGUCAGACGCUGGAGGUCAUCAACCUGCUCCGCAAACACCGUGAGCUGUGUGAUGUCGUGCUUGUGGUCGGAGCCAAGAAAAUUUACGCGCACCGGGUCAUCCUGUCGGCCUGCAGCCCCUACUUCCGUGCCAUGUUCACGGGCGAGCUGGCGGAGAGCAGGCAGACGGAGGUGGUGAUCCGAGACAUCGACGAGCGGGCAAUGGAGCUGCUCAUUGACUUUGCCUACACUUCACAGGUGACUGUGGAGGAGGGGAACGUGCAGACCCUGCUGCCGGCGGCAUGUCUGCUGCAGCUCGCUGAGAUCCAAGAGGCCUGCUGCGAGUUCCUCAAGCGGCAACUGGACCCCUCCAACUGCCUUGGCAUCCGCGCCUUCGCAGACACACACUCCUGUCGCGAGCUGCUGCGCAUCGCAGACAAGUUCACACAGCACAACUUCCAGGAGGUGAUGGAGAGCGAGGAGUUCAUGCUUCUCCCAGCCAAUCAGCUCAUAGACAUAAUUUCUAGUGAUGAGCUGAAUGUUCGGAGUGAGGAGCAGGUGUUCAACGCUGUCAUGGCCUGGGUCAAAUACAGCAUCCAGGAGCGUCGACCUCAGCUGCCACAGGUCCUCCAGCAUGUUCGUCUUCCGCUUCUCAGUCCCAAGUUCCUGGUGGGAACAGUGGGGUCAGACCCCCUCAUUAAGAGCGAUGAGGAGUGCAGAGAUCUGGUGGAUGAAGCCAAGAACUACCUCCUCUUGCCCCAAGAGCGUCCCCUCAUGCAAGGCCCGCGCACGCGACCCCGCAAGCCCAUUCGCUGUGGGGAGGUUCUGUUUGCAGUGGGGGGCUGGUGCAGCGGCGAUGCCAUCUCGAGCGUGGAACGCUACGACCCGCAGACAAACGAGUGGCGCAUGGUGGCGUCAAUGAGCAAGCGCCGCUGUGGCGUCGGGGUCAGCGUGCUGGACGACCUCCUCUACGCAGUCGGCGGCCAUGACGGCUCCUCAUACCUAAACAGUGUGGAGAGGUAUGACCCCAAGACGAACCAGUGGAGUAGUGAUGUGGCCCCCACAAGUACUUGUAGAACCAGUGUAGGCGUAGCUGUGCUGGGAGGCUAUUUAUAUGCUGUUGGAGGUCAAGAUGGAGUUUCCUGUCUCAAUAUAGUAGAGAGGUAUGACCCCAAGGAGAAUAAGUGGACACGAGUGGCCUCCAUGAGUACCCGACGGCUAGGUGUGGCAGUCGCUGUGCUGGGGGGAUUUCUUUACGCAGUGGGGGGAUCAGAUGGAACGUCCCCUCUCAAUACAGUGGAGCGCUAUAACCCCCAGGAGAACAGAUGGCACACAGUGGCCCCAAUGGGUACCAGGCGGAAGCACCUGGGCUGUGCCGUGUACCAGGACAUGAUCUACUCUGUGGGUGGCCGGGACGAUACCACAGAGCUGAGCAGCGCCGAGCGCUACAACCCUAGAACCAAUCAGUGGUCCCCUGUGGUCGCCAUGACGUCUCGAAGAAGUGGGGUGGGUCUAGCAGUUGUGAAUGGGCAGUUGAUGGCAGUAGGAGGCUUUGAUGGCACAACAUACCUGAAAACAAUAGAGGUGUAUGAUCCUGAUGCUAAUACAUGGAGGCUUUAUGGCGGGAUGAAUUACCGAAGACUGGGAGGAGGAGUUGGUGUUAUCAAAAUGACUCACUGUGAAUCACAUAUAUGGUAACACGCCCACGCCCACGCCCACUCCGCUGGUGCCUCCCGUACAGACAUUGUGCGUCAUGCAAAAGAAUAGGACUUUCUAGACUGUAACUGAUCUCUGGCCAUUCCGAUGGCAAGCCAAGGAGUCACCCCCACGCCACGCCACGCCACCCGAGUCAUUCUGUUUUAGCUGGUCAUUCAGUUCCUCUGGCGGACCCUGCUCUCAUACCCCACUGGACUGCAUUUUACACCAACUCGAGGCCUUCUGAGAGGACCGGGGGUAUUCGAGCUGAGGAUCUGGUAUUGUUCAGCCGUCUCUGCAGCGACAUCAGUGAACAUUUGUUUGUUCCCGAGGACAUGGGAAAGCUUUGAGUGGAUAUGGUCUAGACUAGUCUAGUCUCUGAAGGCAGUGGACACAUCUGCUUUCUUUGCAGCCCCAAAUUUAAGAGAGGCCUUGUGGCGUCCUGCUGCUGUAGAGGCUAUAAGAGGCAGUGAAGAGGCUAGGGAGACGGUAAUGUUACUCUGCCCCCAGACCUCCAAAAUAAGCUAAUCCUUCAGUUAGUUAAAAAAAUUCAUCAGAGUUGGAUGCACUGUGACUUCUUAUAGCCUCAUCUUCAGUGACCUGUAGAUUGCAGUUCUGGUACCGUGGUGUUCACCAAGCAUUGCUAAAUGGAAUGUGCAACCCUUGCCGUUGACAUUUUCCAAUUCAAAGGCUAUGGAAAAGUAAGUUAUACUGUUACUUUACUAUUGCUGGUGUUGGUGAAUAUUUUUUAGAAGUUAUCAGUUAUACACAAUCACUCUUGUUUACUUUUAUAUGAAAGGACACCUAAAUUAAUUGGACCAUGCACUUUAACCCUUUUUUGUGUUUUGUUUUGAAGGUAUAGACAUGUGAAACACAGUGAGAUAUAUCUAUAUAUAUAUAUGGGUUAAUUAAUUGGCGGAUGAUAUGCAUUUCACAUUCACGUCUUGCUGGGCCUGCCAGAUACUUCCAGUGAUAUUGCCCCAUAUUACUGAGGUGUUUUUUUCUCUCUUUUGUUUAAAUAUGUUGUCAUCCAUGCAUUGAACACAGUUUCCAUUUUAUCAUUUGCACAUGUCACUGAUGUUUUAGGGUAUUAACUGUCGAACAAUGAAUAUGCAUUUGGCUUAAUAAAGACUUGCAAUGUGUGUUC